ACGAAAAUACCAAACUAGCUUUAUUCCAAGUGUUGCUAAUCAAAACAAAAUGGUGGGAAAAGCAACUUGGCAAGUGCCUGAAAUCGUAAACCGUUUUUUGUAAAGAAUUAUCAGCCUGCUUCACUAAGGAAAGAACUCCACAAUGGGUAAAAAGAAGGGAGGAGGAAAAAAGGGAAAGAAAGGUGGAAAGAAGGGAGGAAAAAAGAGCAAGGAGCCUCAGAUGACAGCCAAAGAGGCAAUACUAGGCUACCAAAUUGGAAUAAUUGAAAAGAAACUGGAAGAUGUAAUGUAUGAAAUAAGAGGAUGGGAAGAGAAAAACAAGAAGCUCACAGAUCGGAAUGCAAACCUUGUGGAUGAGCAGGAGGUCUUGAUAAAACAUUUACUGGAACAAGCUAAGAAGGCAGACCAGUACUUUUCAGAAGAGGAAAUCAAACGCAGAGAGGAUGUCAUCAUGUGUAUGAAGGACAAAUGGGAUAAGCAGAGACAGUUAGAAAGAGAUAUUGAGGGUGUUAAGAGGCAGAUUGCUGAUGUGGAAGAAGAAAUAAAGACAGUGCAAAAGGAGGUGGAUUAUUGUAAAGAUUACCGGGAUGUGGAGCAACACAAAAACAAGAAGCGGAUCAACCUACUAGAGGCGGACAUAGACGACAUGGAAGCAAGCUUCCAGGAAAUGAAAUCUCAUUUAGAGAAAUCCAAUGAUAGAGCAAAGAAUGAGAUCACUUCGCGGACAGAAAACACGUUGGACCAACAAAAGGAUCUUGCAACCCAGAAAGCCAUAUCGAAAUUGGACAAAUACAGCCAACGAGAAGUGCUGGACAAUGAGUGGUUAACGCGAGAAGUCAAUCUUCACAGAAAAGAUACAGGAGCUCUUAGAGAGAAGGUUGAAGACUUGGAGAAAGGGAAUUUGGAAAUCAUGGCAGACUUGUUUGAAUGCAAAAUAGAGGAUCUCAAGAUUUCAAGAAAAUUCUUUUUAACUCAGUUUGAAGAGAAUGAGAAUUUAGAGGAAACAGGUGUUUUGGAGAUGGAUUUAGGCAACCUGUCAAUCAAUGAUAGACCCGCCUCAAACCAAAUGUUACUCUACGAGGGUGGUGAUGGGGAGGGAGCAGUCAGUAAACCUGCUGCUAGGCCGAAGAGUGCCACCCAGAAAGCUGUCGAGGAGAAGGUGUUCUCCCUGGCCAGGGGAAUGACCUUGGAGUCAGAUGAGGACAGUGACAAUGCGAGCGAUGAUACGGAACUAUUGGACAACAUGUAUUUCGAAGAGGAAGACUGGAAUGACUACUUAAAACUUGGGAAGCUGGAACUGAAUUUACUGAAUGUGACUGGUCAGCAGAUGCCAAUACACGUUCCACUUCAACCCACAGAGGCCGAAAUCGCGGCCAUGAAAUGUAACCCGGACACCUGGCCAGUGACCCCAUCAAUGCUGAAACAGGCUGCAAGCUCCUGAGUGUGCGAAUAUCAAAACGAACCCAGUGUUCUUAGCUAACACGUAAAUUAACACCUGCAUUUAUAACUUUGUGAAGUGGACAUCAUGAUGAAAAACAAUCUGCAAUAUUAGAAUUGGUCUUCUUUCUACACUUUUAUCAAACAAUUGAAAUAUUGUUUGUAGCUCUAUGACUUACAUUCUCUUCUUGAUGAAGAUUGUGAAAUUUGAAGAUACCUGUAACAUACAUGUAUAUUAUCAUUUGUACACAAAUGUUUGCCUUGUGAAAGCAUAUUAAUUGACUCACACAUCAUGUUUUUAUGUACUGGAACCGAGAUUGUGAAAGAAAAAAUAAUGCUGUUGGACUGUAUACUGUUAAAUGAAUAUUUUUAUUUUAA